AUGGAUGAAGAUUCCUGGUUUUAUUGUGCGAUUGGAGGAACCGUUGCGGCUGUUGUCGUGGGGGCUGGUGUAUAUUACUUUUGGAUUAGAGAGCCGGACGCGAUGAUCUACAAGUCUGGUCAGCUCACGAUGACAAAGUUGUCUAGACGGUAUAAGGUAAGGCGGAUGGUUAAUAUGUCUAGGAACGUGUUAGUGGGUUCAAAUGGGUUCUUAUGGUUUUUUUUUGGUAAAAUUUGUUGAUUAUGGUUAAAUUGAUUUUGUUUUGCAAAAAAAGGAGGUUUUAGGCUUAAUAAUGGGUCAGGGGCAUGGCUUUUCUAAAGAAAGUCAUGGUGACUAUUAGUUACUAUUAUUUUAUGCUCUUAUAGUUUAUAUUUUUUGCUUAAAACAAUAUUUCUAGCCUACAAACAUUCUAAAAACUCUAGUUCCUUAUCAAAACCCUAAAACAAUGUUGAAAAUUGUACAAAAUUCAUUAAAAUUAAGCGAAAAACGUCAUUUCCAGCCCUCAUAAGUAGCCUAAUUUGAGAUAAAACUACAAAGCGUGACUAUUCCCAAUUUUAUUUUGUUGACACUUUACCUUUAACAAGCGUAUUUAAGCCUUAAAGUCUGUUAGAUUUAGUUAUUCAAAGCAAAAAAGAGGCUAGCUGCGAAUUGUUUUUGAUAAACAAUAUCAGAAAUGGGUGAAAAAGUAAGUGAAACCGGGGUUCUUUGCUUCUCACAAUGUUUUUGACUGUUCAGAGAUGGCUGGGCGUGAGUUUCUUGAUUGUUUUGGGGUUUUAUAUUGUUUUAGAUGCCAAAAAAAGGCUGAAAAUGAGAUAAACAUGGGUUUAAACCAACAUUUUUGAUUAAUUUUAACUUUUUUUUCUAAACACUUCAACCAAAAACUAAAUUAUAAAUGACAUUUUCUAGAGAAACACCAAAGGAAUAGUCACAUUCUUCGAACCUCAUCGUCAACUAGCCCUAAAAUUGGCUGCAAAAGCUGUAGUAUCCCAUAAUGUUCGACGAUUCCGCUUUGCAUUGCCGACAGAUCAACAUGUAGCUGGAUUGGAAGCGUGUCAACAUGUUCGACUGUCAGCUGAGAUUAAUGGCAGGACUGUGGGACGACCUUACACACCAGUAUCGGACGAUGAUCUGACUGGCUAUGUGGAUUUGGUGAUCAAAGUUUAUGGAAAAACGGAAAAAUUCCCUAAAGGCGGAGAGUUUUCUCAACAUUUGGACUCACUUAACAUUGGUGAGGAUGGGUAGGGGUUAGGGGAUGUAAAGUUAUUAAUGUGGAAUGUUUUGGCUAGCUAUGUUUAAAUUUGGCAUGGUUUGAGAUUGAUCUUUUAGAGUUAUACCUCAUUUUGCAAAAUUUAUGAGUUAUAGCAUGGUUAAUAUAAUCCUUUGGUUGAUAUAUAGCUGUUGGCUGUUUUUUUACAAAAAUGGAUUUAAAAUUUCAUUAUCUAAAAUAUUCGCCUUUUAUUUUAAAAUUUUGAAUGAAUUUUAAAGUGGCAUUCAUGAAUUACACUUUUUUCAAACCAUACCCUUAGCCUCAUGGAUUAUAUCCGUAUUUUUGCUGAGAUACUCCUUCGAAAGUAAAAUAAUCAAAAGUUUUUAUAAACUAACAUUAAUAUCACUCCAGGUGACACAAUGAACUUCCGCGGCCCAACCUACAAGCAUCUGUAUCAUGGUGACGGUCACUUUUCUACAGGACAUAAUCCAAAUGAGAAUGCUCAAGAUAAUGUACGUCAUACCAAUUAUAAACGAAUCUCGUUGAUUGCCGGAGGCACUGGAAUCACACCAAUAUUACAAGUGAUUAAUAAAAGUUUGAAGAAUUCGGAAGACAAAGUGGAAAUGGCAUUAUUGUUCGCGAAUCAAACUGAAAAUGACAUCUUGUUGAGGUAGGUGGUUUUAAAAUGUUGUAGGUUGGAAAAUAGUUGUUGGGAAGAGUUGAAAAUUUGUGUAGUUAUGUGUUAGGGGAUAAGGAACAUUUUUAUAUUUGAGUACUUUUUGAUAGGAUUGCUGUAACACACUGUAUUUUAUUUUAUAAGUUUUGGAAGGGAAGUGGGAGAUGAAUUUUUUCAAAAAAUCAUUUUUAAUUUAAAAUAAGCUUUGUAACACUACAACAACUUGUAUAUAUACUCUCCAGACUAUAGUAAACAUUUUUGUAAUUAAAAAUUUUUCCAUUGGAUUACUGUAACACACAGUAUCUCAACUUGUUUGUACAAUUUCACUUAUUUCCAGGGAAGAAAUGGACAAAUUGCACGAAAAAUACCAAAACCGCUUCAAAGUAACCCAUAUUCUGUCGCAACCAGAAGCUGAUACACCAUGGAAUGGCCUCAAAGGAUACGUUACGGCCGACUCGAUAAAAGAAACUUUGUUUCCAAUCGAUGAUGACAACGCUUUUGUGCUCUGUGGUCCUCCGGCGAUGAGAGAAAAGGCAGUUUUGCCGGCGUUGGAAGAGCUGGGAGUGAAGAAGGAGAAUAUUUAUGUCAUGUGA